GUUCCGUGCAGACUGGCUGAGCAGCUGUGUGUUUCAUGUCCAGUACAGCAGGGCCUGCUCACAGCAAGAACAGCGAUACAAGGAGUAUACAGGGUCUUUAUCUACAUGUUAUCAACACGGAGAGGUAACUGUAAAAAAUGGAGGGAGGAAACUUCGGCUACUCCCGAGACUAUCUGGACCGCUUCAUUCAAAGCCAGGACUCAUCCGUGGUGAACAAGUUCCAGCAGAAAUACUGGAAAACCAAACAGACGCUCAUCAAGGUGACCGGGAAGAAAGAGGACGAACAUGUGGUGGCGUCGGAUGCAGAUCUGGACGGCAAGCUGGAGGUCUUCCACUCCAUCCAAAGAACAUGCAUGGAGCUGCUGAAGGUUAUCGAGCAGUACCAGAGAAGGAUCUGCUUCCUGUCCCAAGAAGAGAACGAGCUGGGUCGUUUCCUGCGCUCUCAGGGCUCGCAGGAUAAAACCAGAGCGGGGAAGAUCAUGCAGGCGACCGGGAAAGCACUCUGCUUCUCCUCCCAGCAGAGAAUGGCUCUGAGGAACCCUCUGUGUCGUUUGUACCAGGAGGUCGAAACAUUUCGUUAUCGUGCGAUCUCAGACACGUGGCUGACGGUGAACCGGAUGGAGCAGUCCAGGACCGAGUAUCGUGGAGCGCUGCUUUGGAUGAAGGACGUUUCUCAGGAACUCGAUCCAGAUACUCAUAAACAGAUGGAGAAAUUCCGCAAGGUUCAAGCUCAGGUGCGCACCACCAAAACAAGCUUUGACAAACUGAAGACUGACGUCUGCCAGAAAGUCGACCUGCUGGGUGCCAGCCGCUGUAACCUCCUCUCUCACGUUUUAACCACAUACCAGACAACACUUUUGCACUUCUGGGAGAAGACGUCUCACACCAUGGCAGCCAUUCAUGAGAGCUUCAAGGGCUGUCAGCUUUAUGAGGUCUCCUCACUCAAGGACCCCGCUGACAAGCCGGCCAAGAAGAAGGGGAAGAAGAAACUCAAAGCAGAAAAAGAAGAUGGGAAGAAACCCGAGACCACAGACGACCAACUCAUCUCACUCAAUGAAAACACCAGUGAGAAGACCAGAGAAGGGGAUGCGUUUUGUCCGUCUGCCUUCCCAGAGAUGGACGGCGAGGAGAGGGACAGCAUGGCCUUACUGAACGAGAUCCUGGGCAGCAUGUCGGUGGAUGAAGGCGACUUCUCUCGAGAAUGGACGGAAGUUUUCGGAGACAACGAGGAAGGGACGAGCGCGGCGUCGGGUAGAACGGCGGAGGCCGAGCAAAAGGAAGACUCCUUCUUUCUACCGUCUCAGCUGUUGGACCAGAGCUUGAAUAAUCUGCAGUCUUCCAUCUCAGAUUGGGCUGGGAUCACUCCGCAGCCCGUCGCUGAGGCAACCGAGCACUCAUCUGGAGCCAAUCAGAACCUUUCUAAGCCGGCGGUGAAAGAGACGGCAGCGGCGUCCAAAGACCUCUCCGCGUGGUUCAACCUGUUUGCUGACUUGGACCCCCUUUCAAAUCCUGAUGCGGUUGGAAAAACUGACAGAGACCACGAGCUUCACAAUGCAUAGUUCUUCCUCAGCGUCCAACGGUCCAAAAUGGAAACCUUUGUCAGCGGGUACAGCAGAUUAUAGCUGCCACCAGGCAGGCCAGAGGAAAAUCUGAUCACAAACACACACAGACUUAAAGUUAUAGAACAAGAAAACUAAACUAGUCCGGCUUUGAUAAUCAACACGGAGUAAAAGUCAAAACACUGCAGUAGAGAGAAACACUGUUCUAAGAAUAAAGCCAUGCAUUCAAUACUUUACUCUGCUUAUUAUGCAGAAUGACCCUCUCCAUAAUGUUUAUUACAGGUUUUGAUUAAUUUUAAUGAUUCAUUAUUAUUGUUUUACAGCUGUAAAAGCAAGAAUAAUCAGUUUUCAUAGACUUCAAAAUAGCUGUUUCAAUUUCAUGCAGGGGAUAAAGGUGGAACUUAAAGGCACUGUGAGGAGUUUUCAUGUUGUGUUGAUACUAAGGGCCCUGAUCAGUAGAGGUUUUCUAGGAUGAAGACUGCAUUUCCCAUGAGCACCGUCACCUACUGUCGUAAAGAUAUGGCUCUUGCAAAAGCGUGCAUUUGUUAGGGAAGUAAAUUCAUGAAUUCAGAUCUUCUUUUUAAAUAUUACUAUUUUUCUUUAAGACAACUUUUCACAGGAUGCAGAGUGAUGAGGUCCAGUGUGGAUUUGUAGCUAUGUGAAAUGAUCAACUCUGACACAAAAUCUAAACUAAGAAAACUCUGAUUUAUUACUGUUAGCUAGCUUCAAAAGAUGAGCAGUCAUUACCCAUCAUGGUCCCAGUGUCAUGAUUUUUGCUUCACUGUCCUAAUAAAUGUCUGAACAACAUAAAUAAGCACACAAUUUAACUCGUCAGUCCUCAAAGAGCAGGCAAGCAUUCACACACAGGCAUAAACAUUAAAUCCAGCUCAUAGACAUUUAGCUCCUUUAGCUAGCAAAGCCCUGGUUGUUGAGUUUCUCCAUCUGAAACAAUACUUAUAUAAUAAUACAGAGAACGUACUUCAGCUUGAUAAUCCUGCUCCAGGACCAGCCAUGAGGACAAAAUAUUAUAUAAAAAAAUAUAUAUUUAAAUACAAGAAUCUCAUCCUGAGUGUUAACUUACUUCUCACUGCCAAACUUUACCUGUAGAGCUCUAACAGAGACACUUCAGGGUGAGUGCUAAAUAUCACAUCGGCUUUUGUCGUAGAAAAUCUAACCCAAACACAAUCUCUGAAAUCUCUCUCUAGAAUAAAGAAAUAAGAAGCCGUAUUGCUGAUGAUCUCAUUUUACUAUGUAGGUCAUGAAGAGGUUUCAGUAUACGACUAUUUCGCAAUCAGUUAAAACCCCUUACUGUGCCUUUAAGUUACAAACAAAUCUAGUAGGUUAUAAAGUCAAUAUUUGCCUCUAAAAUGUGGUGAACUUAAGGUAUGAAGCAGCAGAAAACAGGUAUAUUAUCACUUAAGUAGUGCAAAAGUAUCUGCAAUGCCUAAUAAGGAAGGUAGGAAAUUUGCUUGGUGACUUUCCAUCAUUAGCUAAUUUCACAGAUUAUUCACAAGUUAAUUUUAAGUAUAAACGAUCAAAUUAUGUUGAUUUUCUACAUCAUAUACGGUGAUAACCUGAAUAUCUUUGAGUUUUGGAUUUGAAAAUCAGCUAAUUUCAUGAAUCAUUUCAGCUUCUUCUCACUCAUUUAAGAGCCAAAGAAGUGAAUCUGCAGAUCAUUAGAUAUUUAUAAUUGUGAAUUGUUUCAGUCCAAAGUUAAAAUGUCCCGACAGUGUACCAGACAUUUUUCUUAUUAUAAAACGAUCAAUGUGUCAUACUGUAAUGAGACAGAUCUCUCCUCUGAUCUUGAUCAGUUUUGUUUGUGUGGUGGCCGCAUAAAACUGCUGCACAUGUUCCACCAACAACUCCCAGCUGUGCUCCUCUCCAUUGUGAAAGAAAAGAAACAUUUACAAGUCGACCUUAUUAAAGCCUGUUGGCUAUUCCACUGGGUUAAACUCUUCAUGUUUAGUAUGAAUACCUCAGUACGAGUCAGGAACAAGAAGCCUUUGACAUUAGCUGCCUUGUAGUCAGCUGCAGUCUCUGAAUCUGUAGUCUCUAGUAGCAUUCACGCUUUAACUCUGAUCUUCAUGACUGAGGAUCGCUGACAGGUGAAACUACCUUCUGAGAUGCAAAGAGCAGAGAAAGGAAAUUAGAGAAUGAUCAUAGUGCGGUGGUUGGAUGCAGUUACAAAGACGUAUUCAAUCAUUCACAUCAUAAAUUAACCGACCUAAAUCAUGAACAACUAUUUUGCAUUAAUUUGAAAAACGUGAAAGGAAUACUUCUUUUUAUUUAACUUCUACUUUCACACAGAGAAAAUGUUACAGUUAGCUCAAUGCCAAUAAUUUAAUUUACUCCAUGCUGUAUUUUUUAUUCCUUUGUGAGUGUGCUCCAGAACUAAGAAUACAUAUCAGCCAUCUUUUAUUGGUGCAUGCUGCAUGCCUUGUUUUCUGUCAUCAGAAAAAAGUGUGUUUGAAAGAAUAAUGUGCUUUUAUUAAUGCAACAUUUUGCACCAGUUGUUUUUUAUUAUUAUUAUUAUUAUCAUUUGUGCACUUGUUUAUUAAGCUCAGUUGUACUUUGUGUGUUGUUCUCAGAGCAGACAGAUUAUCAUGAAAGUGUGGAUACAAUGCUGCAUAAACUGAAUCAAGUAAAUAUGAAGUGUAUGCCUUAAUCUGAUCAUGAUUUAACAAUAAAGAACCUCAUCUGA